CUAGGUCACGUGGCUUCAGCGCGGGUCACGAGAAAAAACACCGGUCUGCGGCGGGCUAUGGCCAACGUCUCCAAGAAAGUGUCUUGGUCCGGCCGCGAUAUAGAUGACGAUGAGGCGGCGCCGCUGUUGCGGAGGACGGCACGGCCCGGGGCGCCAGCCGGGGAGGACACACCACUGCUGAACGGGGCCGGGCCUGCGGCUGCCCGCCGGUUACCUCAUUCGACAUCUUUCCAGAUUGGACAGAUGAGCAACAUGGAGCUGGACGAUGAGCUUUUGGACCCAGAGAUGGACCCUCCUCACCCUUUCCCCAAGGAGAUCCCACACAACGAGAAGCUCUUAUCCCUCAAGUAUGAGAGCUUGGACUACGACAACAGUGAGAACCAGCUGUUCCUGGAGGAGGAGAGGCGCAUCAACCACAUGGCCUUCCGGACAGUGGAGAUCAAGCGCUGGGUCAUUUGUGCCAUGAUAGGGAUCCUCACAGGGCUCGUGGCCUGCUUCAUCGACAUCAUGGUGGAGAACUUGGCUGGCCUGAAAUACAAGGUUGUCAAAGACAAUAUCGACAAGUUCACAGAGAAGGGGGGGCUGUCCUUCUCUCUCCUGCUGUGGGCCACGCUGAAUUCGGCGUUCGUGCUGGUUGGCUCCGUGAUUGUUGCCUUCAUAGAGCCAGUUGCUGCUGGCAGUGGGAUCCCCCAGAUCAAGUGCUUCCUCAACGGAGUUAAGAUCCCCCAUGUAGUCCGGCUCAAGACCCUGGUGAUCAAAGUAUCUGGUGUGAUCCUGUCUGUGGUGGGAGGACUGGCUGUGGGAAAGGAGGGACCAAUGAUUCACUCGGGCUCUGUGAUUGCAGCUGGGAUUUCCCAGGGGAGGUCAACAUCGCUGAAGCGAGAUUUCAAGAUCUUUGAGUACUUCCGCAGAGAUACAGAGAAGCGGGACUUCGUCUCUGCAGGAGCUGCGGCUGGAGUGUCUGCUGCGUUUGGGGCCCCUGUAGGUGGGGUCCUCUUCAGCUUGGAGGAAGGUGCCUCCUUCUGGAACCAGUUCCUGACAUGGAGAAUCUUCUUUGCUUCCAUGAUUUCCACCUUCACACUGAACUUCGUCUUAAGCAUUUACCAUGGAAACAUCUGGGACCUCUCCAGCCCGGGCCUCAUCAAUUUUGGAAGAUUUGAUACAGAGACGAUGGUGUACACGAUCCAUGAGAUCCCCAUCUUCAUCGCCAUGGGAGUGGUGGGUGGUGUUCUUGGGGCUGUGUUCAAUGCCUUGAAUUACUGGCUGACGAUGUUUCGAAUCAGGUACAUCCACCGGCCCUGCCUCCAGGUGAUUGAAGCCAUGCUGGUGGCCGCCGUCACAGCCACUGUUGCCUUUGUGCUGAUCUACUCAUCCCGGGACUGCCAGCCCCUGCAGGGGAGCUCUGUGUCUUACCCCCUCCAGCUCUUCUGUGCAGAUGGCGAGUACAACUCAAUGGCUGCAGCCUUCUUCAACACUCCAGAGAAGAGCGUGGUUGGUCUGUUCCAUGACCCCCCAGGCUCUUACAACCCUGUGACCCUCGGCCUCUUCACCCUCGUAUACUUCUUCCUGGCCUGCUGGACUUACGGGCUGACGGUGUCCGCUGGUGUCUUCAUCCCAUCCCUGCUCAUUGGAGCUGCCUGGGGUCGGCUUUUUGGCAUCUCGCUGUCCUACCUCACCGGGGCCGCAAUCUGGGCAGACCCCGGCAAGUAUGCCCUGAUGGGAGCAGCGGCCCAGCUGGGUGGGAUCGUGAGGAUGACGCUAAGCCUGACAGUUAUCAUGAUGGAGGCCACCAGCAACGUGACCUAUGGCUUCCCCAUCAUGCUGGUCCUAAUGACCGCCAAGAUCGUAGGAGACAUCUUCAUUGAGGGCCUGUAUGACAUGCACAUCCAGCUACAAAGUGUGCCCUUCCUACACUGGGAAGCCCCGGUUACUUCGCACUCGCUCACCGCCAGGGAGGUAAUGAGCACACCGGUCACCUGCCUGCGGAGGAGGGAGAAAGUGGGUGUCAUUGUGGAUGUGCUCAGCAACACGGCAUCCAAUCACAAUGGGUUCCCCGUGGUGGAGUCCACUGAUGAUACACAGUCAGCCCGGCUCCAGGGCCUGAUUCUGCGCUCCCAGCUGAUUGUCCUCUUGAAACACAAGGUGUUUGUCGAGCGGUCCAACAGGGGCCUGGUACAGCGGAGGCUGAGGCUGAAGGAUUUCCGGGAUGCCUAUCCCCGCUUCCCCCCGAUCCAGUCCAUCCAUGUGUCCCAGGAUGAGCGCGAGUGCACCAUGGACCUCUCCGAAUUCAUGAACCCUUCCCCGUACACGGUGCCCCAGGAGGCCUCUCUCCCUCGCGUGUUCAAGUUGUUCCGGGCCCUGGGCCUCAGGCACCUGGUGGUGGUGGACAACCGCAAUCAGGUUGUCGGGCUGGUAACCAGGAAAGACCUGGCCAGGUACCGGCUUGGGAAGGGGGGUCUGGAGGAGCUCUCACUGGCCCAGACAUGAGAUCCUGGCCUGGCACGUCACCUGGGGUCCCCACCUCACUCCUCGAGCAGCAGCUGAUCCAUUGUCCUCCAGACCUCGGGGAUGACCCAGCUGGUGUGUGAGUGUGACCAUCGCAUGGGCACCUCGUCAGUGUUCUCCACACUCCCUCUUGCCUCAGCCCUUUGGAUGUCAUUCUCUAUCUUCCUGUUUCUUCACCUUCAGGGAUCAGAUGUUCAUGCAAGUGCUCGUUUCCUAAGAGGCAGUGAGAGGUUGUGUGUACGUGUGUCUCAGUGCAUGUCUGUGUGUGUUCACGUGUGUGAGACAGUAAGCUGGGCCCCAUGGAUUUGAGUGCUGCAGGGCCCCAGGGCAGGGCCCCUAUCCCUGCUUCUUUGUUCCUCGUUAUCCUCAUUGCUAGCUCAGAAGGGCCAUGCUACCUGCACACUGCCAGCUGGAGGCCUGCGUGACGUGAGGCCACAUGAGAGGCCUCUGGCCUUGUCCCCUCAGCUCAGUCCGUGGCCAUGAGGUGAUACACCUGUGCAGCUGGGACCAACCUGGGCAAAGGGCUACCUGGCUGCCCAGAGGUGAGGGCUUGAGGCAGGACAGUCCUGGAGAGCAGACUCUGGAGCCGGCUCUGUCAGGAAGCUGGCUGUUCUCCCAGAUUCACCACGUGUGCCCCCUGGGCUGCACCCCUACUUGGGAUGCCAUGGGCUCUGUGAUGGAGUCUGGGCCAAGAAGAGCAGAGAACCACCCAUGGGCCUGAACUCAAAGUCCUACCAUGCCUCUGUCACCCCAAGUCCUCUGGAGCUGGAAUUCAGAUAAACAUGUCACCACCAUGCGGACAGCGGACAGAAAAUUGGGUCUUCUCAGCAUGGGCAUGGUAGGGAGGGUAACAAGGGCCUCCGAGGACCCCUGGCCCACGGCAAUGUUCCCGAGCAGCUCUGGUUCCAAUGCCCACAGAUAAGGCUAUGGGAUUUGGGAUGGGCUUGUGAACCUGGAGCAGAGACACUGUGCACUUCAGGCCAGGUGGAACUAGUCCCAUAGAACCACAUUAAAAGGUGAUUGCCAAGUCCCCAGCCCAUCUCUUGACUAAGUGAUGCUUUUGUGGCAAGCUGGUAGUUGCUGCACCGUGGCUUUAGCCCCUUUCAAGGGAGUGGGGCCUCGAAUUGCAGGCCGUGUCUUGGUGACUUUUCUGUGGCAGGUGGCGGGGGAGGAGCAGGGGUCUGAAUGUGGGGAAUCUGAAUGGGAGAAAUAAAGGAAUUGUACCCAGACAGCCAGUAUUGGCUUCCUGUUCCUGCUCAGCAUGGGCCACAGUCUAGCAGCGUGGGAUUCCAGGACCACAGGGUGGGGGUACCUGGGAUGAAACCCUCUUCAGUGUGGUGCAGGUGGGCAGCACCCUAGUGUGGACACCCCUAAGAAGUAGAUACAGAUGAGAGACCCAGAAACCUGGAGGUGGUGUGCGGUCCUCAUACAUCUCACAGGAGGGAGCCCCCUUGGCAACCACUGCAUCUUCGUACAAAUGCCUGGGCGGUGUUGCUUCUGAGGGAGCCACGGUGUCGGAUGGGGAGCGCAUCUUCCCAGAGGCCCUUCUGUCUGGGCCGGCUGUCUCCCCCCUGAUCUGCAUGGCAGUGAGGUGUAUGGUGUGGCUCUCGCUGGAGGUGAGGUUGACCAAAGUGUUCAAGUUGUCACAGAAGUCCUGAGCCAGCCCUCAGUGGGCGGGUCUGGGUGACAUGCGUAGGGCCAGGGGCUGCAGUGUCCAUCCCUGAAGUGAGACGUAAAAUACCCUUUACCGGCCUUUGAAGACUUGGUGCAGAGAAAACAAGUACAGCAUUUUGCUCACUUUUUUGUAUUAAGUAUAUGUUGAAAUGGUGAUAUUUUAAAUGAAC